UGUGCGUGAGGUGCAACUAGAGGACGACCACCGGAUCGACUGUGGAACAUUCGGCUGUUACAUCGCGUCAGAAAGUUCGCAAGUAAAGGAGGAAGAAGAUUCAGCACGUCGUAGCUAACAUCGCGUCUAUUCGACGACUUAGUAAACGCUAAAUUGUUAACCAUGAAGUUACUGUGGGCUGUCAGUGCCCUUCUGUUGUGCUGUUGGCGAGCCGACGCGUCCACAGCACCCAACAUCAUCACUGACCCUGUUGAGGUAAUCAACCAGACCACUGCCAUCCUGAGCUGCAACUUGACAGAGUCCAGCCUUCCCAUCAAGGGCUCCCAGUGGCUACACAAUGGCAAAGUCAUUGAAAGCUCCAAGUCUACCGAUUCUGCUCCAUUCACGGUCCUCCGUUUGGACAAGAUCACCUACAGUUCUAGUGGACAGUAUGAAUGUGUGUUCCUGACUGAACCAGAGGUGAAACAGACAAUUGAAGUCAAAACUCUCCCACAUGUUGCUGCCUACAAGCACUCUGAGCACGGCAAUGAGAAGGACAAAGGUGUGAUGGUGUGUGUGAGCCAUGGCUAUCCACUGCCCACUGACUGGACCUGGUUCAAAGAGGAAGAUGGCGCCUCCACGCCUAUCAUCAAUGGCACAAGCGACAAAUAUGAGAUCAAGAGCACCCCUAACAAGACCAUUCUGACCAUCAAUGACCUGAGCAUCGAAAACGACAUUGGAGACUACAUGUGCUCUGGAACCAAUGAACUCGGCACAGCCUCCGACAAAAUUCACCUGCGUGUGCGCAGUCGCUUGGCUGCUCUCUGGCCCUUCCUUGGCAUUGUGGCCGAGGUCAUCAUCCUGGUGACCAUCAUCUUUAUCUACGAGAAGAGGAGAAAGCCCGAUGAGGUCAACGACGAUGACGACUCAGGAUCUGCUCCUCUGAAGAGCAACUCGAAUGCAAAUCACAAAGACAAGAAUGUGAGGCAAAGGAAUUCUAACUAGAAGCUGAAGGAGAUGGAUGUCCAGACGGCAGUCCGGGAUUCAGCCCAUGUGUUGCACAUUAUACUGUGCACCCUGCAAUUUUAAGUACCUUUUUGUGCUUGGGUGUUAAUGUUUUAAGAAGUUGACUGAUUUCAUCUUCUUUUCCUUUCUUCUCUAUUCUUCUCCACAUCACUCAGCCAGAGAACAUAGCGUGAAAUCAUUUCUGCUUGAGGCCGUGGGGCAAAUAUUGCAUGAGUUUAAAUGCUGUUCUAUAAAAGUGUGUGUUGUAAAAUCACUAGAAAGUUCAUGUGAGGAAUGCUUAGUUUGUGGUUAUUUUCUGUUGAUGCUGAUGCUUCCUACACUGACCCUCACAUCUGUCAGUUUUGCUUUUAUGUCCCCUGAUAUGGAUAUGUCACUUGUAAAGCAGCACAAGUUGUGUCUAGAGGAUCUGAGACAAUUCUGAUCCCGAUGCGUCACUGCCAUUCUUUUAAAGCAACGACAGGAGUGUGUUUGAGGAAUUCACACAUUUGAUCUCUCCCUGCACCACCACAAACCUCCCAUAGCAGAGUUUUAUACUUUGCCUUAACAAGCGCCAUUUUUCUUUUUGUCUUUUUGCAUUUUGUUACCUGUUACAAGAUUUAAAUGUGACACUUAAAUGCAGAAAUGACUUAAGAUUCAGUGUCUGCUUGGUUUUGUUGCCGUAAGAAAUUACACUUGUAGUAGGAGAGCUUUAGUCCCUUUAAGUCAUGCUUUUAUUUCCUUUUCCUCUUCACAUAUUUUAAAUCGGAAGUUUUAGUCACUAAUAUUUUUUUGCCGGCGUCACAUCCUAAUACAAAUAUAUUCUUGAGGACCAAGUGAUGUAACAUCUGUCGCGUCUGUUGAAGGCAACUUGAAUACUGCGCACUGAUGUUUCAAUCUAACACAACAGAAGUUUAAUAAGAUGCUUUUCUUUCUCACUCGAUGUGAUCAGAGAUAAAACGUUCGUGUGCGAUUGUUGAACCGUCGUCUCUGUUCCUUUCAUUGUGUAGAUGAUUCAGAAGCCAUAUGUUCCAUGAAAUCUGAGUAGUGUUGUGAUUGGAUGUUGCAAAUAAUAAAAAAAAGACCUAGUCAGAAUUGUGUUAAUUGUUGUACCUCCCAAUACAUGAGACACCAUCUGUACAACUUGCACAAACUGAAUAAAUAUUGGAUUUUA